AUGGCCGCCCUGAGAGUGAAGAUGAUGAGCUCGGGGAAUGUACGACAAAUCGCUCUGGUGAGGAAUUCAUCAAACGUGAAAGUUUUUCCGUUCUCACAGCUAAUCAUAGUUUAAUUGUUUCGUUCUUUGGGUAUGUAAUCAUGUCCGGUAGCGCUGAGAAGGUAACAGGUCGUUUCGAUACAAAGUCGUUUCGAUACCUACGAACUCUGGCAAAAUGGUACAAAAAUUUCGAUUACUUUAAUCUUUAAUGAUUAUACUCCUAAAACAGUUUUAAUCGGCAAUGUUUCCGUAUAACCCCAGACAUUAAUUAUGCAUACAUCAAUUGUUAGAAGAAAACAAAAGAAAGAACAAUAUCAAGCCUUUGGGAUUUCAGUAUCAUAAAAAUGUUUGAGCCAUUACAGCGUGCACUGUCUCAGUUGGAAAAUUAUUGUAAUAUUUAAAAUAACUGGAACCAAAUUAAAACAAUUUGAGAAAAGAAAAGUCCAUGUGAAUGAUCGGCUUUCCCCAAAUUGUCUUGUUUUAGUAAGGAAGGUCACAAGAGAUGAGGUCGUAUUCCUUUGUGUUCCCGCGUUCAUGUCGGACAGAACUCUUCGGAGUAUCUUUGGAAUGUCCUCGGAGAUAUUCAGAUAUUAUGAGAAUCCUACGAAAAAUCCUGGCACUCUCAGCAUAAAAAUGCCACACCUAUAAAUUUAAAAUAGUUGGCAGGUAUAAUAUCUAGCCAGAGUUUUUGAAAACAGGCUUCAAAAAAGGCCCAGAAUAUUGGCACGGUUUCUGGUGACUGCAGUGAGAAUUUUCAUUGGGGGCUUGCCAUCUUGGUUAAUCUCAUUAUCAAGCUCAGUCCCGAGCUAGCUUGCCAUGGGGUGGGAAGGGGUCUCCAUGUCAAUCCCUAACAGGAGGAGGGUGCUAUAAAAGUGUGGUAUGGCUAGUUAGUCUGUCUGGAGAAUCUGUUCAUUGAUCAUGUAUCUGCUUUAACUUUGUCAUGCCAAAUUCGUCAAAUGCUUCAAGCCAAUAGGCCAAUGAAAGGAUUUCCCUCACUGAUGUGCUCGGCUGGGAGGCUGUGUCAGGUCAGUGGGGGUGAUGUGGCCUUGAAUUCUUUGAUUAGAGAUGUGGCCUUGAACCUCAAGCUGCCCCUGUCAUAUAGGACCUUAAAACAACUAGAGUGCAUGGCCAAGUUGAGAGUGUCCUUUUUAUAGACUUGAAUAUUUCUUUGCUAAUCUCCAAGAAGAGAGUCACCUUAGAAGGCUUAUGGGUAAGCAGGGACCGCGGAGGGGGAGGGGCUGGUAGGGCCGCGGCCCCACCACUUUUUUGCGCCCCCGCCCCCACUUUUGGAAAAUCAAAUACUAUGAUUUUAUUCUUUUUUUCAAUUUUCAAUAUGAAAAAAUUAUUUUCAAUCGUCAGCCCUCCCACUUUUCACCUUGUUCCGCGGUCCCUGGUAAGGGCUGAAUUUCUUUAUAAUAUUGGUCAUUNCCCUUUAUUUAAGUCAAGUCAAGCUGUGUGGCCUAGAGUUGUCAGCUGGUGCGGUUUUCAUACAUUUGGCUAGGUAUAUACAAACACAAAUGAGCACACAAUUAAAUGGCCUCAUAAAAGGAAUAUGAAUAAAAUAUAAAAAUACAAUACUUCAAGUAUACUUUGCUUGUGAACAAGAAAAACAUUUUGAGCAACAAUUCUUAAAGCCAAGUACAUAACACUAUUUACAGCUUGACUGAAUAAACUUGUAUUGAAACGACUUAAAUCAAAACUACUGUGUAUCACAACCACCAGUAACUGUUGAAAAUUGUUAAAUCAGGAAUCUAAUCAAGAUCGGAGUGUGUCUCCUGGCCCUAAUCCCCAUUUUCUUUCACAUAAUGUACCCGAAAGUAGAGAAAGUCAGUCUGCUGAACACUGAGUAUUUUGAUAUUUUUGUCCAACUGACCCCCUAUCAAUGCCACACAUGGACACACUUUGUUAAUUACAACUCAAGGUGAAGGGUGCUUAUUAAUUAUAGAGGUUUCAGAUGAUUUACUCUUUGGGUUGCAUCAGCUGGCUAAAGGCCAAGAUGGAAACUAUAUAAUCAUUGAUUGGUUCCAGAAAAAAUUAGAUGCCAGUGAUAAAUGUUCCUCUUCCCCCCAUGAAUCAUAGACAAGCCAGACCACUCAACUCAGUUCAAGGUCCCCCACUCUUUUUGAACAGUGGGGAUUCUCUUGUGUUUCCUUUGAAUAAGGAGGAAUUAUUAUUAAGAAAGGAUGAGGGAGAGAAGGCCAAUGGCUAAACGUAAUCACCCAAUGAAGGGCGUGGGCCCAGUUCCUCAAAGGAUGGUUAAGUUUAACCGAAGAUUAAGCCAAAUUUGAAGCACAGUUUUCUUGUCUAAGAGUGUGUAUCUCAAGCCUACAAAAGACUGUUUAGCCUUUACUCUGACAUACAGUAAUAAUAAUAUAAAAUGCUGCUCUACGCAAGGAACAGAGGGUAAAUACAAAAUAGUGGAACAAAAUUUGAGUCCUGGAUUAGUGCUAACAGCCUUUCAAAAACCAGGCCCUGGUUGGUAGUCUAGCCAGUGUUCAAACCCAGUCAGCAAAAACCAGCAGUUUUAACCAGGGGCAGUUCAAUGCUGCUUGUGCAAUACCUCAGAGAAUAUCAUCACUCUUAAUACGGCAUUUAUACCUAGAAAAUCUACUUUCCUUUGGCUACAAUUUAUUACAGGUACAAUACUCUUUCUGUCUAUUAUUUCACAGAGAAUACCACCAGUAAUAUGUAGAUUUAUGUCUAAUGGCUCUGCAGCAGGAGGAGGUGAUCCUCAGAAGCCAACUUCUUCAAUUUCAUCACAGGAUACUGGUGAGUUUUAUAAAUGCCAGGAAAAAACGAUGAAGAUGCAUUUUGUUUUUUGAAGUGCUUCACAAGUUUCCCUGUCAACAAUAGUUAUUGUGACAUUUACCCUUGGAGCAGAGGCUACAUUUUUUGUGAACUGUGAUGGGAAAAGUAGCCUAGCCUUCAUUUGUAUGCAAGUUCACGCAAAGAAAGUUGUCUCCAAUAGCCCAGGACUAGUGGAUUUUUUCAGGCUAGCAAAUUCUUUUCCUAGCUUGUCCAAAAGGCAAGUGAAGUUUUUUUUUUUGAGGAAUCCAAAGUAUAGAACUACUGUAGUCAGUCCUGCUAAUCUAAAUAUUGUUUUUGGGCGAGUUAAAAUGACUCUUGGGGUUCCCCGAUGGGCAAGCUAAAACUGACUUCAUGCACCCUGAAUAUCUGACAUUUUGUAUCUCAUCCCAGAAAGAUUUAUCUCUCAAUCUAUGACUGCUCAAUGUUAGCAGAGGUAAUAUACUUUGUCUUGAUUUGAAGUAGCAGGAGCAUCUGGACUGAUAGGUUCACUUUUGCUGAGACUUACUGGAAAUAGUGAAUAAGCAAAAAUGCUUUCACAGGUCAAGAAUAUAGUCCAGUGAUGAUUGAACAGUGACGUUUCUCAGCACCAGCUUCUGGCAAUGUUCUGCUUCAGGGAAAAGAAUAAUCUCCCAGGGGGAAUUUUUUGAGGACGUUUUGGGUGGGGAUAUACGACUGGGUCCCAGAUAACCUUAGCCUAUACCAGGUCUUGUUCAGCUAAAUUUUGAUACUCCCUAUUAGACUAAAAUCUUUAAGUGCCUCCCUAUCUUCGAGUUGCUAUUUUCCAGAAGCUGCUAAUUAAGUUGAAAUGUUCUUUGCCAACUCCACUCUUGAGUGUUAAUUCCCAGUUUUCCUAGUGCUUGAAUUCCCUAAACUACUUCUUAUAAGUCCUGGGCUUAUGCAUCUUCAUAAGGGGUUUUAGGAAGGCUUAUAAAAUUAAUGGAGGAGGGGGCUUAUAACCAGAAUAGAAAAAAGACUUUGAAACAAGCUCCAAGAGUGCUGAUCAAAAUAGGUUUUACAUUUACUGGUUCUUAAAUAAGCUUCAAAAGGUCAUAAUGAAUGUAAUUCAUUUCAAUACAAGCUAGAGUGGGGCGGGGGAGGGGGGGGCUUUUAAUUGGAUGUACUUUUUGUUUACAAGUAAAUGGGCCUAUAACUAGGGAAACUUAUAAGCAGCAGUUUCAGGAUUAGUUCAUUGACCUGAAAGAAGAUUCGACCCUCGAAAGGUACUACCAUAUUUUGUUUUUUUCCUGACGUCAUAAUGAAAGUGAUUUAAUUCAAUACAAGCGAGAUGGGGGGAGGGGCUUUUCAUUAGAUGUUUUUUUUGUUUACUGGUAGAUGGGCCUAUAACUAGGGGGGCUUAUAAGUGGGGAGACAGGGUUAUAAGUAGGGGGACAGGGUUUUAAGUGGUAGUUUCCAGGAUUAGUUCAUUGACCUGAAAACCGAUUUGACCUACAACGGCUACAACUAAACCAAAUAUUUUUUCCUUUUUUUGACCAACAGCACCCAAACCAGAAUCCUUGGAGAAAAGCACUUACAAGGUUCAGGAGUAUUAUUCAUACAACGAUUAUUCAUUCUAUGAUUUGGAAAAUGUGAUAGACUCCUCAGGACGGAGACAAAUCCAGCCUGACCCAAGACAGCGUUAUAAUCAUACAGAUCCGUGGUCCAAGAAAGAGUCAAGUACAGCCUAGCUCCAGGAAGGAAAUGCUGGUCAUAAGACCACUUUUUCUCUGACUCCGGCUUGUUUCUUGUAAAUUUCAGGAGAUGGUUUUUGUAUAUUAAAAAGUUCACUAGUUUUAUGUGGAUAUAAACGGUUGCAAUCACAAGUAUUGUUAAGGGUAAAAUGUAUACUUGACUUGAAUUGUUUAAUAAACAUUAGAA